CUUGCCUUCCAUCUGUUUUGAGUUCCUUCCAAGUAUGUUUGCAGCUCAAUCUUAUGUGAUAUCCUUUACCGUCUGAGCUUUUCCAAUGGCGGAUCACAUACUAACUUCGAGCUCAGAUGAGCGCAAGACUCCACUUCUCCCUCUCCAUCAACCUCCACAGAGCUUAAUCCACCCUUUCAGGUCACUUCUCACCUUGAAGAACUUGUUCAUAGUCUCUGGGCCUCUCUCGUGCAUGGUCGUAUUCUUCUUCCUCGAUCUCGGUGGCCGGACUUCGAGCCGCAACAUGCUCGCGGUGCUCUCGUGGGUGUUCUUGUGGUGGAUCAACGAGGCUGUGCCCAUGGCCGUCACGUCCAUGUCGCCGCUCUUCCUCUUCCCUCUCUUCGGACUUGCUUCCUCCAAUGAUGUCGCCAAAUCGUACAUGGACGACAUCAUCGCGCUCGUGCUCGGUAGCUUCAUGCUCGCUUUGGCGGUCGAGCACUACAACAUCCAUCGCCGACUUGCUCUUAACAUAACUUCGCUGUUCUGUGGAGAUCCUCUGAACCCACCACUGCUGCUUCUUGGCAUCUGCGGCACCACUGCGUUUGUGAGCAUGUGGAUGCACAACACCGCGGCGGCAGUCAUGAUGAUGCCAGUAGCCACCGGGAUCCUGCAGAGGUUGCCGGACGGAGAUUCAGCGCAACCCGACGUGAAGAGGUUCUGCAAGGCAGUCGUCCUCGGAGUGAUCUACUCGGCCACGAUUGGGGGGAUGAGCACCUUGACGGGCACAGGGGUCAACCUCAUCUUGGUUGGGAUGUGGGAGAGCUACUUCCCUCAGGAAGAGCAGAUCAGCUUCAGCUCCUGGUUCUUCUUCGGGUUCCCUCUUGCUCUGCUUAUCUUCUUCACCUUGUGGGGUAUCCUCUGCCUCCUGUACUGGUCCAAGAACUCAGGGAAGGCACUUUCUGCUUACCUCGAUCGAAAUCACCUGAGAAGGGAACUUGAAUUGUUAGGCCCGAUGGCAUUCGCCGAGAAGAUGGUCUUAUUUAUAUUCAGUUUGCUUGUAGUGUUGUGGAUGACCAGGAGACUGACAAAUGAUGUUCCUGGGUGGGGUGCUCUGUUCCAUGGGCGUGCUGGUGAUGGAACUGUGCUGAUGGCCACCUUGUUGUUCAUAAUUCCCAACAAGAAGAACCAGGGAGAGAUGCUGAUGGACUGGAACAAGUGCAAGAAGUUGCCAUGGAACAUCAUCCUCCUCGUCGGGACCGGCUUCGCGAUCGCCGACGGCGUCCGGACCAGCGGCCUCACCGAGGUGAUAUCAUCGAACCUCGACUUCCUGCGAGCAGCUCCGUACUUGGCAAUCGCACCCCUCGCUUGCGUAAUCAGCGCGACGAUCACCGAGUUCACGUCCAACAACGCCACCACCACGCUUGUAUUGCCGCUCCUCAUCGAGCUGGCAGAGCCCAUGAAGGUGCACCCUCUGCUGCUCAUGGUGCCGGGAGCCAUUGGCGCACAGUUCGCCUUCUUGCUUCCGACCAGCACUCCAUCGAACGUCGUAGGAUUCACGACCGGGCACAUCAGAAUCAAGGACAUGAUCAGCGCUGGGGCGCCAUUAAAGGUUGCAGGCAUUGCAGCUCUGUCUCUGCUUAUGCCUACGUUAGGUUCAUUUGUUUUCAAGACAAAUAAGCAAGCAUGAACAUUUGUACUGUAAAUAUCUUAUUUAGAUGUUCACAAGAACAAGUGCAUCACAAUUGCGAGGAAUUCAUGCAAAGAAAUGGAGAUGAAUGGCUCUCCUUCACGCUCAUCUUAUGUAUGUCUGCUCUUGUGCAGUUCUACUGACAUGAUGUAGUCCCUUUCCUAAGUAAAAUAACUCAUACAAGCGUCCACGUCUAGACAAAAGGCAGUGUGGCCCAUUAGCACAGAUGACUCGCAUGCUUAUCUGCCACUCAGCAGCUCAGCGUGCAGAGACCAGUCAACAGACUCCAGACUUGAGCUUCCAUUGUUUUGAAUCCAGCAGCUUCCUGGAGGAAGAAGAGAGAUGAGAGAAGCUUCACACAUCCAGACCCAAAGUUUUCCUUUCCUUCCAUUAGGUUGUUCCUGUAUCCUCAUAAUCUAUGAGCUCCACUGAAGAAUCCAGUAUAUAUAUAUAUCCAACUUGCCUCGAA